CAGAGACUGCGGACACAGUACAGCAGAUGACCAGAGACUGCUGACAGUACAGGAGAUGACCAAAGACUGCGGACACCGUACAGGAGAUGACCAGAGACUGCGGACACAGUACAGGAGAUGACCGGAGACUGCUGACAUAGUACAAGAGAUGACCAGAGACUGCUAGCAUAGUAUAGAAGAUGACCAGAGACUGCGGACACGGUACGGGAGAUGACCAGAGACUGCGGACGCGGUACGGGAGCCCGGAGACUGCGGACACGGUACGGGAGAUGACCAGAGACUGCGGACACGGUACGGGAGAUGACCAGAGACUG